UUGAAAAAAAUACAUAAAUAAAGGUCCAAGUAGGUCUGGACCAAAGUUGUCACUUUCGUUCGGGCCCUAUUCCAAAUUUCACUUGAUAUCACUCGGUAAACUCCAACUGAAGCGGCAAUACUAAAUACUUUUUCUAAUAUUUUUUUAAGAAUCUUUUCACGAUGAAGCAAUUUGCGCUGUCUACCUGCAUUCGCCGUAUUUGGAUCAUGUCGGGUUGGCUGCGCCAGGAGGCGGCUGCAGCAGCUUGCAUGUUGGUGGUGCAACGCAAUCAGGUGGAGCUGAGGGAGGAGGAGGAUCUCAAGGUUGAGCAGCAGGUGGUAGCCAGUGGCGGCGAGGUGGGCGUCGACUCCCAAGGAGGGCUCCGCCGUGUACGCAUGCUCGACGACUACAUCCUGCCUUUUGAAUGCGGCCUCUGAUUCCUGAUCCCUAGCUGCCGUUUUCCGUUCUGGUGACGCGCUUUUGCCCGUGCCAUAUCCCUUAGUUAGUUGGUUAGUUGCCUGUUUUGGUGUGCUUCGAUGUUCGCGUUUAGGUAGUUAGAAAAUUUAACAAGAAACAAACUAUCUAAAUUUCAGUCUGUACCCGCUGAAUCGGAGUCGGAUACUCUACCUGGAAGGACCAAGGAAACUAUAUAAAAAAAAAUUUAAGUCCAUAAUUGAUUGAUAAAUAUUUCCAAAAAACGAAGUUCUGGUUUAUGUAAAAAUUUUCAUUUUCUAAAACUGCGCUUUUAAAGUA